AUGGCAACAGCUGGUGCUAUUCGCUUACUGGAUAUGGAGGAAGAUAUCUUUGGUUAUUCAUGCACUGAAACAAUCGGAAAAGAAGAUCUGGAACAUAUUUUUCGGCAUCAAGAAUUAGGUGUCGGUGUUAUACACACAUACAUCCGGUUCUUGUAUGACAAUUUCAUGCGCGGGAAUGAUCAAUUGUCAAACAGAUUCCGUUUCGUGUCUUCCUCCCUGGUCAACAAAGCAUUAAUUUGUAGGGAACCGGAUUCAUGUAGAGAGUACUUAGUCAAGAGAUUCAAGGCCAGCAGUACAAACAACUUGUAUCUUUGGCCGUAUAAUUCAGGGUGUCACUGGUUGUUGCUUGCUAUUGAUCCUUUAAAAGAAGUGGUAUAUUUUCUGAAUUCGAUAGAUGGUGAAUGGACAAAUUAUCCGGAUAUGAAGCAAUUAGUUGAUACAUCAAUAAAAGUGUUCCGAUCUCAAAGACAAGCUCGAGUACCACGUACUAAAUCCAGCAACAUUACGUGGAUAAAAGUGCAGUGUCCUCUACAGCGCAACGGUAUCGAUUGCGGAUACUUUGUAAUGAGGUUUAUGAGGGAAAUCAUUAAUAUGAAUCAAAUAGAGAUUCCAAUCACGCAACUUGUCCAAGUUCAAUACUUUUCACUUAUCCUUUUGAUGAUAAAGCUUAUGGUUGUUGCAUACAAGUGGAAGAUGAAGAAGCCCACAUCGUUUUAUCUUAGAAUUAUAGAAGGGUUUAUAAAGCUUAAACAAUGA